AGUAAUGAAAUAAGUUAACUUGAGUGCGGAAUUCUAUUUAUGUUACAAAAACAUGACAUGAAAUUGGAUUUUAAGGUUUUUACCUUUGCGUAGAAGAAACAUCUGUUCUCCAUCGUAGUGCCUAUUUUUAUACAAAAUUUUAGCAAAGUUGUAGUAAAUACAGUUUAAUAUUUCCAGUUUAACAUUUAAAUUUUUUUUACCCACUUUGUAUGAUAUCGGAACAAACAUACUCGAUCCACCACUUAUUUUACAGUCCUAAAUUAUAAGAUGAGAUAGAGCAUGGUUAAUCAUUUCUAUUCCCUAAAUUUGCUAAUUUUUAUUUCCAAACAUGAUGCAAAGAUUACCACUGCUUGGUUCUUAUGUCAAGAGAUUUAUUUAUAACCUAGUUGCUAAGUAACAUGAUUGGAAAACCUUAACACAUUCUUUCAAUUUUUUCCAAGAUAAUAAUGACGUCAUCCGAUACUGAACAAGAUGACAAGGGAAAAACGCCCAACAAAUUAUUGCAACUACCCAUGGCUCGUGUGAAAACCAUCAUGCGAAGUAGUCCUGAUCUCGGCAAUGUUAGCCAAGAAGGUUAUUACAUGAUCACUAAAGCCACAGAGCUUUUCGUGCAGUAUUUGGCACAGAAAGCCUAUGCUGGUGCACAGAAGGAGAAUUUUGUGGAUUACAAUUCUUUGUCCAAAUUAGUUCAAACGGAUGAAAGUCUCGAAUUUUUAGAAGAAAUCGUGCCACCGAAAAUCAAAGCAUGGGAAUACUGGAAAAAAAUCGGAUAUUCGCCGGAGAAGGAAGAAAAAACGAAGAAAUCUCCUCCAAAGAAAGUGACAACACCAUCCACAAAAAGUCCGCGAGAAAACACGACGAAAAGUCCGCGCGAAAACACAACGAAAAGCCCGACAGUUAAAUCUCCGAGCGGUGAAAAGCCUAUAGCAAUGGAGACGAUUGUAAUAGAUUAAAGACGAUUAUCAUCGAUUAAUAAUGAUUCUACGAUUAAAGACUGUAACGUCCAACCAUUCAAAAAAUGUUUUUUCGCGUGAACUCGAUGGGUAACCCCUACAUGAUACGAAAACGUUUCACUUUGUAUAGAAAUAUAUUAAUGUGUGCGCAAUAAAAUCCCAACUUUAUACAAGAAAGUUUCAUACUUAUAACAAAUUUUGAAGUGACAAGUUUAUACCGUUGUAGCACAUUUGUAAGGGAGUAUUUAUUUAUUCAAACAAAAUAAAUUAUCAUACUUACUGAA